GUCUCUCAGUAAUCUCGAUCUCCCAUGCCACCAUAGCCGCCCGGUGCUCUCAUUUAGCGGUUAAUAAUAAAUGUUCGCUAAAAAAUGAAUAAAGAGAAAUAAAAAAGUUGAAGUUUAAAAAAAUAAUGACUAUGUGAAAUGUUUAAAAAAUAUUACAAUAAAUGAAAUUAUAGUACCUUUUACCAUGAUUUGGAGAAAUAUAGCGUUUUGUGCUGUAGUAAUUUUUGUUGUGGUGAAGUGCGUCUUAACCGCACCCGCUUAUCAUCAUUUGCGAGGACCACAGUACACAAUAAGCACGUCUCCAGACCGGAAGACGCCUUACAUCGAGGUUCGCAAUUCCACCUACCACGGUUUCGGGCCGCGGGAGGAAGCCAGAGCGAUGUGCUCCGUCAAAACCCACGAGGUCAAUGCCACCGCCAAUGCUACCAUCACCAGGCGAUUGCACGGAGUAGUCACGUCUAGGGAGCUCCACAGCGCCAUCCAGCGGCUAGAAGUGAUCAUCUUUGGGCAGAUGCAGCAGUUAUGGCAGAGCCUGGACGCGCUCCGAACUCAUUUGACGAACGAUAUGAGAACCUCAUUCCCCGACAGACGGACAGUCUCAUUUCGAUACAAGCCUGGCAUGACAUAGCAAGAAUUUCCAAAUUUUUUAAAGAAAUUUGCUAAGUGUAUUAAUGAUUUAAGGAAGAAUAUGACCUGACAGGUCAUACAUAUUUCGGAUAAUAAAGUUUGUGCUAUGGAACAGCUUAAUCCGUGCGUUAAAAAAAGAUGUGCCGAAAAUUUUCAAUCGGACGUUCUGUUCAAUUCAACACUGUUUUAUCGCUUACUACUAUGGAUAAAAAAAGCCCAUGGAAAUGUGUAGGUACAUCACAAAAGUUAAAAUUUCGCGGAUUCAAACGUCCGUAUUAAUGUGCUAACUGGAUUUGACACUAGGGGCGCUGGCGUGGAGAAAUAUCCAUGACCAAGACAAAUUUGGCGAUUGUUUCUCUGAGCAGGUUUUGCUUUAAUCUCAGCCAAAACUGGCGGCGCCAACUAGUGAGCGAAGAAACGGUAGACCCCCAUAUAACUAAUUUGUUUCGUAUAUACACAGUCAGUAAAAAUAAAACAAAUGAGGUAAUAAAGUUCAAUUUAUUAACAAUUAGUAACCUGAAUCAGGGGGUAACCGACGAAGUUCUAAAACAUGUCUGACUGUUCGAACUCCGUCGGGAAUAACAAUAAAAAUACGUUAGUUUAUAAUAAUUAAGUUAAAUGUUUGUAAGUCUAAAUGCCAGUAUUAAUAAAUAUUAACAAAUUAAAAAAAAAAAACAAUUUAAGUAUUAUGCCUUUCAUAUCCGCCUCCUCAAAUUAUAUUA